AUGGCGACUCGCAACGAGCGGGCACUGGGCCGCGUGCGCGAGGCCGUGGGCUACAGCUCGUCACCACCACCACCAGCCGAGCCUGCAACGCCUGUGCGCAGGGCGCCACCUGCGCCUGCAUUUGCCCUGCCCUCGUCGCCAGAUAUCCCCCUGCGCCACCUGAAAGCACAAGCUGCCACCGCACGUCAUGCUGACUCGCCCUCCCCAGCCAAGCGCAAAGCGACCACCGAGGCCACUGGCGGCUCCCCUAAGCGCGCAAAGCAGAGCCCCUCGUCCGACGCAGACGCACACGUAGACGAAGCUCCCGCGCCCCCUGUCAAGCGCAUCGUGCCCUUCCCCGAGAAGCCCGCCGUCAUCGAAGAGCGCGAGGGAGAGAUCGAGUUCCGUGUCGUCAACAAUGACGGCCAGCGUGAGAGCACCAUCAUCCUAACCGGGCUCAAGUGCAUAUUCCAGAAGCAGCUGCCCAAGAUGCCCAAAGACUACAUCGCUCGUCUCGUCUACGACCGCACUCAUCUGAGCAUCGCCAUCGUCAAGAAGCCUCUCGAAGUCGUCGGCGGCAUCACCUACCGCCCCUUCGACAAGGGCCAGUUCGCCGAGAUUGUCUUCUGCGCAAUCUCCUCGGACCAGCAAGUCAAAGGCUACGGCGCCCAUCUCAUGUCGCAUCUCAAGGACUACGUCAAGGCCACCUCAGACGUCAUGCACUUCCUAACCUACGCCGACAACUACGCCAUUGGCUACUUCAAGAAGCAAGGCUUCACCAAGGAAAUCACGCUCGAGAAGCGGCGCUGGAUGGGCUACAUCAAGGACUAUGAAGGCGGCACGAUCAUGCAGUGCAGCAUGGUGCCCAAGAUCCGCUACCUGGAGAGCGGCCGCAUGCUGCUCAAGCAGAAAGAAUGUGUCAACGCCAAAAUUCGUGCCGUCUCCAAAUCCUUCCAGGUCCAUCAGCCUCCCGUUCAAUGGGCGAAAGGGGAGGUCAAGCAGAUUGAUCCUCUCACCAUACCCGCUAUCAAGAACUCCGGCUGGAGUCCCGUCAUGGACGAACUGGCUCGCGCGCCCCGCCACGGACCGAACUACAACCAGCUUCUCCACCUGCUCAACGACAUGCAAAACAACUCCAACGCCUGGCCGUUCCAGCAGCCCGUCAACAAAGACGAGGUCCUCGACUACUACGAUGUCAUCAAGGAACCCAUGGACCUGGCCACCAUGGAGGAGAAGCAUGAGAAGGACCUCUACCCAACACCUGAGGACUUCAUCCGCGACGCCAAGCUCAUCUUCGACAACUGCAGAAAGUACAACAACGAGAGUACUCCGUAUGCAAAGGCGGCAGGGCGGUUGGAGCGCUUCAUGUGGCAGCAAAUACGGAAUAUCCCAGAGUGGUCGCAUCUUGAGAGUGAGCUCGGUGGCAAGUAG